UCGGGUAUCGACUCCUGCUGGCUGUGCGAGUGCCUUUCCCCUCCUGCUCUUCAGGCAGAAAGAUGAUGAUGCUGAACUAGUGACUUUGAUGUGCGGACGCCGGCGAUCCACUCGGGACUACGAGAUCAUGGCAACGCUUCGACUGCUCGCUCCUCGCCCGCACGCAGACGCCGAACUGGCCGCGAGUCACGCGUAAGAGUGCUUGCUUGGCCAUCCCAGCAUCAACUAGUUGCCAAUCGACGGGACUCGCCAUGGCAAGAUGGAACAUAUCUUGCUCCGAGCCGCGAGAGGUGGGAUGGCCGAUGAGGCUGCAAAUGUUCACGUCGAGCUCUCGUGUCUGCAGUCGAGUCGAUCGCUGGCUUCGUGCUGCUGCUCAGAGCCGUGUCGGGGCCGCCGCACGAGCCAAGCAAGGAGGCGAUCCCUGUGCUGUUUACCGCGCACUCAUGACGAUAUGCUGUACGUGCUGAUAUACUUGCGUAUAUUCGAAGUCUGCUGCAUGCUCAUCGAUCUUGACUGCCCUGAAACGGAACGGCUUUCAGCACGCGCUCGAAUAGCUCUGAUAGUUGCGAUGCGAUCACCCCAUCGACGAAGAGGACAGCUCAAGAGUCAAGAGUUGAAACCGACUGGAUGCUCUGAGAGGAGCACAAGAUCGCUGAGUGGAGAGUCAGGAGUGUCGAGCGUGCUUAUACAACCGUCCAAACGAAUCUUGAAUCUUGAAUUUUGAAUCCUAAGGCACAUGCAGCCAUCGCGCUCCUUCAUGGCUUCAAGGUGGCGAGUC